UAAGGUCAGUUCAAUUUAAAUCAUCAACGCGGUAGGAACUCUGUUUAGCCGCGAUUUUUUUUCAAAGUGUAUUUAGUCUAAUGUUUGGGCACUAUGUUGCAAGAAGUUUUGUAUUUUUUGAGUAGUUUUGCGAUCCUUUUCUAUGUCUACAUGACAUGGAAUUUUGAUUACUGGAAAAAGCGAAGGAUUCCCAGUCCUGCACCGAGAUUUCUGCUUGGAAAUCUUCCGAGCAGUAUCACACAGAAGCGUUUUCUUGGCUAUGAAAUUGAUGAUUUAUACAAAGAAUUUAAAGACCGAUACGGAUUUAUUGGGUAUUGGAGUACAAAAACUCCCAGUAUUUUGCUUAUUGAUCCCGAAUUGGUGAAGGAGGUGCUCAUUAAGAAUUUCCGGUCAUUCGCUGACAAUAGUUUUGCUGAAUUAAUGGAUAAGGAAUCAGAUCCUAUUUUUGCACGGAAUCCAUUUAUGCUCAAAGGUAAUGAAUGGAAGGAAAAACGCGCGGAAAUUACACCAGCUUUUACCACAAACAGAAUUAAAACCAUGUAUCCAGUUGUUGAAGAUGUUUGUGCUACGAUGAAAGACUUUAUUCGCAGGGAAAGUAAGAAAAGUAUCGAUGGAUUGGAGGCGAAGGAGCUAUCAGCAAAAUAUACAACGGACGUUGUUUCAAAUUGCAUCUUUGGCAUCGAUGCGGGUUCCUUUAAGAAUGAAAAACCCAUAAUUAGAGAAAUGUCAAAAGAACUUUUCACACCAUCCAUGCGAACAAUAAUCUAUUUCAUACUCCUAACAAUUUACCCUGGACUUAGAAAAUUCUACAAGAUGAACUUUGUUCCGAAGAAGGUUGAACACUUCUUUGUGGGUCUCAUGAAAGAAGCCAUUGCCUUUAGGCGCAAAACCAACCUCGAUCGAUUCGACUAUCUUCACUACCUUCUUGAAUUAAAAGACAAGAAGAACCUUAAUGAAUUGGACAUGGUGGCUCAUGCUAUAACCUUCUUCUUGGAUGGUUUUGAAACAUCAAGUGUUGCCCUAUCUUUCACUCUAUACGAGCUUGCACGGAAUAAGAAAGCUCAAGAUAAAUUGCGCAAAGAGAUAAAGGAAACUCUUGCGAAACAUGGAAAGAUUAAUCACGACGUUGUGUCUGAAAUGCCUUAUCUCGAUCAAGUAUUUAUGGAGUCGCUGAGAUUGUAUCCACCAGCUGUUUUGCUAUCAAAAAUAACCACAGAAAAAUGCGAAUUAAAACUCACAGAGGGAGAGUACCGAACUAUUGAACCAAAGACCGACGUUAUUAUCUCCGUCUACAGCCUCCACCGCGAUCCUCAACACUACAACGAUCCCGAUGAAUUCAUUCCCGAGCGGUUUGAUCCCGAAAAUGGGGGCGUUAAGCAUUUCCGCGAUAAGGGUGUCUUUCUACCCUUCGGCGAUGGACCGAGAAUUUGUCUUGGACAAAAGUUCGCCCUGGCUCAAGUUAAGGCUGCAAUUGUAUCAUUGGUGAAUGAUUUUGAGAUUGAAGUCAAUCCCAAAACUAAAUCAGAAAUUAUUUUUGAUCCUAAACAAUUCCUUAUCUAUCCUUUAGGAGGAUUGUGGUUGAAUUUCAAGGAACUGUAAAACAUUUUUUAAUGUAUUUUGGAUCAAUUAUGCAAAAUAAAUUUUUAUGCUGAACUUUA